GACGCAUGCCGUACGCCUUCACGUACCCUUACAUCCACCGGGACAGGCGGUCCCCAAGUUUCCGCCGCUUCCGACCUGGUCUUCGUUACCAUAGAAACAUCGGGGGCAAGCAGCUAGCGCGGACGAAGCGCACUAAGCGAGACCUUCUGGACGACGACCUAUACUACAACCCGGACAGCGAGUACCGCCUUCCGCCACCCUACGACUUCCCGCAGGACCUGGCCGAUAAGGAGACCGACCUGGAGGAGCUGCUUCCCUACUUACUGGCCCUGUACCCGAACCUGUUCGAGGACCCGCGCCUCCCCGUUCCCGAAUAUCCACCCGGGUACGCGUGGGAAGGACCUAGCUAUCCCGAGGUCGAGAACCUCCCGCCUCCUCCCUCCCCCGAGUGGGAGGAAGAGCCGAAGCCGGUGGACCCGUAUGACGCGCCUCCCGAAUGGGAGCCACGCCUCACUGGCCCCUAUCAGGCGGAACCGGAACUCUACCCGGAGGCCGUGGAGUCGGAGGAUUUCUACCCGACCCCCGCCAAGCGCCAGAUGCUGAGCUUGGUGCCUGGCUCGCGCCGGAAGCGCUACUUCUGGCCGGUGGCGCUAGAACCCUACUCGCACUGGGGCGCCUUUGUGCCGGAGCAGCAGAAGCGCGGGUACUAUGACGACGCCUACCGGCGGCUGCGAGAACUGUCCGCUGUCCUGGGCGACGGCCGCAAGCCUUCGUCUUCGUACCUUGAGGCCUUAGAGGACUACAGGAAGUGAGUACACCAGGGCUCCAGAGAGGAGAGAACGGUCGGCAAGGACAAUUGUGAGGACAGGUGACACCAAGUCACAUACACAUUACAUACAGCGUGUGCCACUGGCAGGAACAGAGAUGUUCGGCGUCUUUCUACGCUCCACUCUCUCAAGUGACUGAGAGUUCUUUACAAGAAAUCUUUUUUUCACUGUUACACACUGUGCUUUUAUUUUUAAAAGAAUUGAAAUCAGCAUCAGGGCUUUCCAGGGCAGAUGACUGUUUUACUUCUGGAAAUCAAAUACUUCUAACCGAAAGCAUUAAGUUUUUAUUGUCAUCAGACUUUCAGUUUGAGUACUAAUACAGAAAGUGGCCAAGACAGAGAGGAUUUAUAAAGCAGUGGCUGCAAUAGUUUUCUUUUAUAUUUUCUUCUCCCGCAGCCUAGUGACCUCCCAACCCCAACUGUGCACUAUUAAUGUAAAGUUUCAUGCAUCCUGGUGGGUUUAUGAUCAUAUCUGAUAUUUGAAAAUUACUUUUCUUGACUUCGUAUAACGACUGAAAAUUUAAAUAUCGUCCAAAUAAAGUAAAAAAAAAAAAUGUGCUACGAUAGAAAAGAAUUAAGUGGUUGAAGAGAGUUCCAGACCUGCACAUUGUUUUGUGUAAUAUAAAUGAAGUAUUAGUUCGUGUUUUAAUUUUUCUCUAUGUUUACUGUUCCCUGGUACUUGAAGUCCUGUGUCUCACCGAUUUACAUUCCAUACGUCGAGCUGUUACCAUUUCCUCUUCCAAAUUUAUAUUUUGUCUGUUCUAUUUGCUCCCUACUUCCGUCGGCAAAGUUUUCCAGUUCACAACAAUCCUCGCGCAUGGCCUGUGCGGUAUUUGCAGUUGGGUAUGUCGUUUUACAGGAGGAGCACCCCUGCCAUGGAAACAGCAACGGGGCUACAAUAUAAAUACAUAUGUGAUAUGUUAAUUAAACACGGUUGUAUGUAAA